UGAUCAUUGGCCUUUAAUCAUGCAAUUACUAGCACGUGUAUAUUUGUCAUAACCUUGACGUCAUCGGUCGCUAUAUAAGUCUGAAGGCUAUUAGUAAUACAGGAUAGGAUUGUGUUUCUAUGCGGUAGAGUUGUUUGAGAAAUUAAUUUGACGAAUAUUGAUAUAACUACAUAAUUUCUAAGUAUCAGAAAAUGCCUGAGGUGGAAAUAAUGAGCCAGCAGCAGCAACAAGAGGUUGGAUGUCAAUUUAUUGCAAAAAUAUCAAUGUUACCAGUUAUGUCAACAGCAUUAGGUUAUGUAACAUCUACCUAUGGUCAUAUCAAGGAGUCCAACAGCUUGGUAUAUGGUGCUUUAGCUACAGCUGAAAAAUCUGUUAGCAUUGUUGCUGAGCAAGCAGGCCCAGUUUUAUCUAAAUUUGGAGGAUCAAUUCAAAAGAUAGACAACCUUGCCUGUCAAGGUCUUGAUAAACUACAGGAGAAAGCACCAAUUGUUACUAAGAGUCCAGAAGAGAUAUUGAAAAACACCAAAGACUUCUACAUCUCAAGUCUGCAGAAGGGAUUUAACCACUAUGAUGGAAUUAAGAACUAUGGAAAUGACAAGGUACAAGAAAUCAAACAAUAUGGUUACCAGAAGGCUUCACAGCUAAUUACUUCACCUUAUGUCUUGGUUGUUGACUCUGUGGACAAGGCUCUAGCUGUAACAGAAAGCUGCAUUGAUUACUAUCUCCCACCUACUGGAGAUCAAGCAUUAGUAUCUGAAAACCUGAAUGAAAAAAAGGAGUUACACAAAGAUAUCAGCUUUGAAAGAAUUGGUCAUCUAUCCAGUAAGAUGAAAAAACGCUUGCACAACCGGGCUAUGGAAAAGUUUCAGAAUAUCCAAAUGCGAAGCCAAGAAACUGUAUCAAAAUUGUACUUUACUGUGGAUCUGAUUCAGUAUGCCAGAGAUAACAUACAGGAUGAUGUUAAUCAGAAAUUCCACAGCACUAUAGAUAAUGUUCAGAAAAAUGCAUCUUGGCUAUGGGAAGAAUUAAACAGAAAUGAAUCUGAAGAAAUUGCUGCUAACUCCUCACAAAAGACUGUAGGUCAACAAGCUGUUUCAAUUGCCAGACGAUUGACUAAACAGCUGGUAAAUACUUACACUGGUCUAGCUACAACCUUUCAAACGUUCCCUGCUGCACUACAAGAGAACAUAGCAUUUGCUCAGAAGUAUUCUCUACACUUGCAUAAUCAGUUAACUCGGAUAAAGAAUUUGAAUGAAAUAAGUACAGUGAUGUUGACAGAAUUCAGGCAUAACCUUAAAAUUCUGGAGACCUCCAUCCUGAAUAUGUUGAACAACUUUCUUCUUAAGUUUCCAGAAAGAGAAAUGGAAAGAAAAUCAAAUAACAGUAUGCCAACAUCCUAAUGAUCUAAAAUAAUAAAUAUGGUCUUCUGACAUAACUAUUAAAUUGAUUUCUAACUACAUUUUUAAACAAAUAUUUUACAAGUAGCAUUUUUUUCAUAUUUAUUCUAAUAUAAAUCAUAUGUUAAUUGUUAUAUGGAAAUUUUGUAUUGUAUAAGUGUCUCUGACAAUCUUACAGAAUUACUAAUUCUGUUUGUAUUAAUACAUAUUUUGCAAUAUUGUAAUAAAAUGUAUGCAUAAGUA